GGUUGAUAAUGGUAGGAUGGAUUACUUCGGAUGAGGAGGAUCACUGAAAAAGUUUGAGAAUUGUUUGUUGGUUUCAAGUAGUGUAUUGUUUGGUUUUUGGAACUAUGUGGCGUUGGAUGCAGAGAAACCUGGGGUCUUAUGAGCAGAAUUCUCCCACCACUUGUGAGACAGUAUCCACAGAGAACAGUCAAGGAAGGAGUGCUAACACAAGUUUGGUAGGUGGGAGAGAGCAAAAGCAACGACAAGUGUCAAACUAUUCAACAACACAAAUAAGAGGAGGAAAGUCUUCACAAAAGAAAGAAAAGCCAUAUAGGCAAGUCACUAGAAAUUGCAAAAGUAUUUUAAGUGCAGAGCAAGCAGCAACUAUCAUACAGAAGAACUGGAAGGCAUACCAAGCAAUAAAGUUAGUAGCAGGAUUACGUAAACUUUUGGAAGAAGAAACAAAAACACUUUCACUAACAGGAAAGGGAGGCAGUCACGACAUAGAAGCUCUUUCUGCUGAACUGGAAGUAGCCAAGGCUCUCUGUGACGUUGAACGUUUAGAAAAAGUUUCCAAAAAGUGUUCAGAGCUUCAAGAAACACUAACUCAGAGAACCAUAGCAGUUGAUGGAAUUCCGCACGGACAAAACGACGUUGUUCGCCAGCAACGUAAAAACACUGUAAAAACAAUUUUGUCUUUGGCGGAUAAAGCAGAUAACAUGAAACAGCAAGUUGAAAGUGCUCUCGAUUCUAUAAAAAAUUAAUCUUUGCAACGUUUUCGUCUUAUCUUGCACGAGUCCAUUGUAUAUGAAACGA